AGUAUUGGUGUCAUAUCUCAGAAAGAGAUUGGAAGAUCAGGAUAGGGGGAGAGAGAAUCAAUGAACCUGUCCGUUGGCGUUGCGAUUGCGCGGGAGAUCCCACUAGAUUUCCGGCGAGAAACCGGUGGAGCAAUAGCAGUCGCUACUAAGAGAGUCAGUGAGGACGGCGACGGCUGUGGGGUACGACGCCGUCGUGCUUCACUAAGAAUGGUGGACAGGCAGCUAGCCAAGGGCAACUUCAAAUUGGCCCUUUCUUUAGUAAAACAGUUGCAGCGACUACCUCCUCCUGCUGGUCUCCGAGGCUUUGCUGCUGCCAGACAGGUACCCCGAAGAGUGUUGUCAGUAGAGGAAUUGGAUUUCAGUGUGACAGAAAAAUCUGCUCUUCAAUCAUUACAUGAUUCCAUCCUUGAUUCAAUCAAGAUUAGCCUUCAAUCAUCACCAUUGGACGAGAUUUCUGUAACUUGUAAGGACAAUGAUUUAAACCUUGAAGAUGAUAUAAUCCAACACAAACAAGUGGUGCAGCAUGAAGCUGGUCAUUUUUUAGUUGGCUAUGUUCUUGGUGUUUUACCAAAAACAUACAAAUUUUCAAUCAUGGAAGAUGUGAAGCAAGAUAAAGUUGUUGAUGCGAGUGUCAAGUUUGUUGGCUUUGAGUUUUUGAGAGAGUUAGAAGAUGAACUACCAUCAAAGAAAACGUUGCAUGAUGUGAAGCCAAGUCAUCGGGACAAUAAACGCAAGUUGUCUUCCACGGUAUUAAGCAAGUUCUUAUGUGUGAUUGUUGGAGGCUUAGUAGCAGAGUAUCUUACGUAUGGAUACUCAAAAGGACAUCACGGUGACGUGGAGAAAGACUAGACAAACUUUCUAAGUCUAUUUUCGACGAUGAGGAUGAGCAGCGCUUUUAUGUCUUUUGCACAGAUGAGAGCUCAAGCCUUGUGAGUCCCUCCCACGUUAUUCCACCUUUUCGGGUGGGACAAAAAAUUACUUACAAAAGAUCGAGAAGGGCAUUCAUGUCUUUUUCACCCACGGGCGACUGAGAGCGUGUGUAUAUUAUUUGACAUUUUGACAUUUUGACAUUUUUUAGAAGGCAAGAAAUUAUAAUUUUUGUCACAAUGGACACCAUCACACCAAACUCCAUUUUAUAAACAAGAGAUCGAGAAGGGCACUCACGUCUUUUGAACAGACGAGAGACCGAGGGCGAGUGUGUAUCCCACCUUAUUCGACAUUUUUUAAGUAGGAAAAAAAUUUAAAAUUUUUGUAUCA